AUGGCCGACGAGUUUACUCGCAUUGUCGAGGAGAUGAUGUCAACUCCCCCGAACCCAAAUGCGCCCUUACCGCUGGCGAACAAGAAAGGCACGAUGUUUGGUGUCUCGAUACCAUUCCACGUUUUGUGCUGGAUUGUCGUAGGCUUCCGUCUUCAUACUCGCCUGCGAGUUGUUCGUGAACCUGGUCUCGAUGACCUCUUCGUAGUCCUAGCGGCUGUGUUCAACUUGAUAUCUAUCAUAGCCUUCCUCCACGGCACCAAUUAUGGCAUGGGUCACCAUCUUAUCUACACCCUACGAGAGUUGCAACCAACCAUGAUCUGGCUGUAUAUCACAAAUGCUGCCUAUCAUACGACCACUGUCUUUAUCAAGAUAUCCCUACUCCUACAGUACCUGAGGCUCUUUCAGCAGGGCGCUCGCCGCAUCAUUUGCAUCGUACUUCUCGCGUUGGUGAUAGUAUGGGGCCUGACUUUCUCAUUCAUGGCUUGGGUACCCUGCUUUCCAGUAAGGAACUUCUGGGAUCGACAACCUGGCUCUAAAUGCUACGGCUUUGGGUAUCGCACUAUCAAUGAGGCGAAAUUCACGAUCCUCGCGUUUGCUGCGACGAACAUGGCGUUCGACAUUGCAAUAUUCCUCGUCCCGAUCACGGAAUACUUUAGGAAAGAUCUCAGACGGAAACAGGUGCUUGCCAUGACUGGAUUGUUCGCCCUCGGUUCGAUUGUCGUACUCAUGGCUAUCCUCCGCCUUUGGAGCACCUUCAAGAACAGUCAAAGCAUGACCCAAAGUUUCGAUUUCACAUGGUGGUACCCCGAAGUCCUCAUCAUCUCCUGCCUCGAAAUCGACUUCGCUAUAAUGUGUGCGUCCAUGCCUAUAUUCUGGCCCACCGUCAUGGCUUCCUGGACCCAAAUCUUUGUCACGAACGAGGUCCGCGUUACGCACCACGAACGUCUGCCCAACGAUAGCCGCGAUAACUUCGAGCUGGUCAGGAACACGUCGUUGAAGAGCACAGGGAGUGCGGAGGAAUUGGCGAGGGUUACAAGCGAAGAGCAGGACACGGUGUAUGGUGGAUUUGACCCAGAGACGGGCAAGGAUGGAAGAUUUGCUGCUAUGCGGGUAGAGCACGGUAUGAUGUUGCUUCAUCACCUUGCGCUGCUCAUCUCUUUUGCGACGGCGCACAACCAGCAUCAUGAGGAAACGGAAACACCUGCAGUCCGGACAUAUUUCUACGUUGGAGGUGGCUAUAGUGAAGACGGCAAGGGUGGCCAUAUUUUUAAGGACCAAAUGUAUGUCGAAAAGCUAUCGCCAGUGUCCACCAAACAGCAUGACACGGAUCCCAUUGUCUUAAUCCACGGACAAGGGCAAACGGGCACAAACUUUCUCGUGAAGCCAGACGGGGGCAUGUCAUGGAGCUCACGAUUCCUUGAGGCUGGCCAUACUGUCUACAUCGUGGAUCAAACCUUCCGCGGACGCUCCGCUUGGGCACCGAGAGCUGGUGCUGAUGCGCCGUCAACCUAUUCUGCUGAGCUUAUCCAAGAACGCUUCACUGCUCCACAGCAAUAUCGUCUCUGGCCCCAAUCUACCCUUCACACUCAAUGGCCAGGAACAGGCAUCAUGGGCGAUCCUGUUUUCGACGCUUUCUAUUCCUCCAACGUCCAGUUUAUCUCGAAUGCCACCUAUCAACAAAGCACCAUGCAAGCAGCAGGAGCACAGCUUUUGGACUCGAUCGGUACUCCCGCGUGGUUGCUUGGCCAUAGCCAAGGAGGUCUUCUGCCGUUGCUCAUCGCUGAUGCACGGCCUCAUCUCACGAAGGGCCUACUCUUGGUGGAGCCGACUGGUCCGCCCUUCCAGGAAGCAGUCUUUGGAUCUGCGGCAGCGAGGAAAUGGGGCUUGACAGACAUACCGAUGAAUUAUUCGCCUCCGGUCACUGACCCCGCGAUCGACUUAGUACAACAGGUUUAUCAGCCUACUAACCUGACAAGUAACAAUGUUACUGUUUCUUGUGUGUUGCAAGCAGCUGAGCCAGCCCCGAGACGACUUCCUAAUCUUGCGCCGCUGCCCAUUCUCACCGUUACGUCAGAAACUAGCUACCACGCGCCGUACGACUACUGCACUGUCAACUUUCUCAAGCAAGCUGGCUGUUCCAAGGCUGAACAUCUUGAGCUUGGGAAAUUCGGUAUUCAUGGCAAUGGGCAUAUGAUGUUUAUGGAGAAGAACAGUGAUGAGAUAUGGGAACGUAUCCAUGAUUGGAUGGUGGCUGCUAAGUAA